AUGAGAUAUCAAUCUCCGACGAGAGCCAUGUCAUCCUUCAAAGUCGUGUUGAUAUCCACCAGCGUUUUAUCCGCGGCAAUCGCGCUGAAAUUCUCGGCUCCGGCCAUCGUGGAUCUCGCCGAGUGCUUGCCGUCGGUCUACAAUGGCAUCGUUUCGUGGCUGAGGCCGCCGUACCUAUACCUCGUCAUAAAUUUCAUAAUCAUCACCAUCGUCGCCUCCUCCAAGCUCCAGUCGGGGAAAGACAACGGCGCGCCGCCGCCGCCGGACGAUGCGAGUACCGUGGCUCAGCUGCAGCUGCAGCCGCAGCCGCAGCCAGUGGCCACUAAAAGUAUUCCGGCGGACUACCUGACGGAAGAGUACAAGUACGACGGCGGAGCUCCAAACGAAUCGAGUGGUUACAAGGUGGAGCAGGGGAAAGGAUCGGAGCUCGAAUCGCUCGAGCGCGCGGAUGCGAGCAGUGGAGUGCCGCCGUCUGCGGCCGACGGCGAUGAGUCUACGAUGGACAAGUCGAGCAAUAAGGAGAACGAGUUCGUGAUCGCGAAGUCCACGUGGGUGGUCAUUCCCGAUAACAGAGGCUCGUCGGGAAACUCUCCGUCGAAGCCUCCGGCUUCUGCGAGGUUCGGCCACCGGAGAAAUGUGAAAGUCAGCCCCGAAGGCGUGAAGACGGUGUUGGGGGUGUCGAGACCCAAGAGGCACGACACACUGGAGAGCACAUGGCGGACGAUAACCGAGGGGCGCCCCGUCCCCAUAACCCGACACCUCAAGAAAUCCGACACUUGGGAGCGCGACAACCACCGCGGGGGGCCGCUGGAGAAGACUCCGCCGCCAAAGACGAUGAAGAAAGCCGAGACCUUCACUGACCGUACCAACAGUAGGAGCCCAUCCUCCGGCAAGCUCCGGCGAGAGGCUUCCCCGAGUCAGGAUGAGCUGAACCGGCGGGUCGAGGCUUUCAUCAAGAAGUUCAACGAGGAUAUGAGGCUGCAGAGGCAGGAGUCGCUCAACCAGUACAUGGAGAUGAUCAACCGUGGGGCCCACUAG